GUUGAGAAGUGAAAGCAGACACAAAAGCAGAGGGAGCACUUUUGGAAGGACCUGAAGCUUCUCUCCUAUCCAACAUGCUUCCUAUAUUACUUUUUGCUGCUGUUUCACUCAUUUCUCAUACUCAAAUCAGUGCUAUCAGCGAACUUCCAGGGGCAAAGCAGUAUGAAGUUGUUUUUCCUCAAAAACUUCAUACCUUGCACAAAAGAGAUGUAAAAGAGGCAGAGGAAGAAGCUAACAACAAAGAGGAAAUAUACGAGUCUGAAGUACAGUAUCAUAUGAAGGUGCAAGGAGAAGAUAUAGUACUUCACCUACAAAAAAACAAGAAUCUCUUAUCCCCAGACUACACCGAAACACUUUACUCGCCUACUGGAGAGAGGAUCACCACAAGACCUCAGCACAAGGAGCACUGUUAUUACCAAGGGCAUAUCGUAAAUGAAAAAGAUUCUACUGCCAGCAUCAGUACAUGUGGUGGUUUGAGGGGAUACUUUAAGCAUCGUGAUCAGAGCUACCUUAUUGAGCCCCUGAAGCUAACAGAUCAAGGGGAACACGCUGUCUACAAAUAUGAACGCAAGGAGCCUAACAGAGCUAAGAGGAGCUGUGGGAUGAAGUAUUCAGACAGCAAAAAUGACCUCAUCCGAACCCCCAGGGCGGUGAAGAGUCGAGAGGAACAAGACUUUCUUCAAUCCGAGAAAUUCAUUGAAUUGUACUUGGUCUUGGAUAAUGCCUUGUAUAAACAUCACAAGGAGAAUCAGACCGUGAUAAGAACCUUGAUUUUUGAUGUGACGAACCUACUCAAUGUGAUUUAUAACACCAUCAAAGUUCAUGUAGCCUUGACAGGUUUUGAAAUCUGGAAUGAUGCAGAUAAAAUCAAAGUGGUCCAAAAUUCAGGUGCACUUUUCACAAACUUUCUGAAUUGGCGUCGCAGAGACCUGUUGAAAAGAAAAACACAUGACCAUGCUCAGUUUCUGACCGGACUCUCCUUCAACCAUCAGCUAACGGGAUCAGCGGCAUCAAAUUCAAUAUGCUUACCAACUUCUGUCUCCAUCAUUGAGGCUUUUAGGAAAGGUAAAUUUUCACUGGUGGGAGUAAUGUCACAUGAGUUGGGACAUGUCCUUGGAAUGCCUGACCAACCACAUACCACCAAGUGUCCCUCUGGGAGCUGCGUGAUGAACCAAUACCUGAGCUCCAAGUUUCCCAAGGAUUUCAGCCCAUCCUGCCGCAGCCAUUUUGAGAAAUUCCUUUUGAGCAAAAAACCGAGAUGCCUCCUCAAUGUUCCGGCACCUGAAAGUAUAGUUACAAACCCAAUCUGUGGGAAUGGCAUUUUGGAGAGGGGAGAAGACUGUGAUUGUGGAGCCCCUGAGGGAUGUUCUAACCCUUGCUGUGAGGCGAAGACGUGCAAACUGAAAUCUCAGGCUUCAUGUAAGGCAUCACGGCCAUUAAAGGAAAUACCUGAGAAAAUAGAUUAUGAAGUGGUUUUUCCUCAAAAUUUUCCCUUGGCUCACACAAGGACUGCAAAGAAAAGCCAUUUUCCUGGCAAACAGGAAAAGUAUCAACAAGUGGUCCAGUAUCAAAUUGCAAUAAAAGGAGAUGAAGUGAUAUUUCACCUACAAAAAACGAGGGGGUUCUUCAUGCAUCACAAUCAAAGAUACCAAAUCGAGCCCUUGAAAUUUACGGACCAGGAAGAACACGCUGUUUUCAGAUAUGGUGAUUUAGAAGGAGGUCCUGCCAAUUUCACCUGUGGAGUGAAGAAUUCAGACUGGCCUGAAAAUCCCUUCACCUCGAGAUUAUCCAACCGACAAGCAAACUUUCUUCAGGAGGAGAAAUACCUUGAACUCUUUAUGGUCCUGGAUCAUGCUUUUUUCAAGGAGUAUGAUGGAAACCUCGAGGAGAUAAGAAGAACAGUUUUUGAAACGGCCAACAUGAUCAAUAUGAUUUACAAAACCAUCGAAAUUUACGUGUCUCUUGUUGGUCUUGAAAUCUGGACCGAUGGCGACAAGAUAGAGGUGGUGCCCAAUGCCAGUAUCACCUUGGCUAGAUUUGCAUUCUGGAGGUAUGACGUCCUGCUGAAAAGGAAGAACCAUGAUCAAGCUCACUUACUCACGGGAGUAGGCCUCAGAUAUCCAACGGUGGGACUGUCCUACAUGAAUUCAAUGUGCAACAAGAAUUCCGUCGCUAUCAUUGAGGCCAGGAAGAAGUAUCGCCCUUACACCGUUGCAAUAAUGGUUCAUGAAAUAGGCCAUACCCUUGGGAUGGGUCAUACUCCACAAUCCUGCAACUGCAGCACUGGAAAUUGCGUGAUGGUCAGACACCUGUCACCCAUCUUCCCAAAGGAUUUCAGCUCAUGUAGCCAAGACAAAUUGCGAGAAUUCCUACUUUGGAGAAGGCCACAUUGUCUCCUGAGUGUUCCACUCUUCAAAACCAUUGUAACCAAACCACUGUGUGGGAACCACAUACUGGAAGUGGGAGAACAGUGUGACUGUGGAACCCCUGAGGAAUGCACCGAUCUUUGCUGUAAUGCUAAGUCCUGCCGAAUUAAUAUGUGGGUGAAAUGCAAUGGAGACUGCUGUUAUCGCUGCCAGAUUAAAAAGAAGGGCACCCUGUGCCGGCCUGCCAAGCACGAGUGCGAUGUGCCCGAGGUGUGUGAUGGCCGCUCGACUCACUGUCCCAAGGAUCAGUUCCGGGCCAAUGGAACCCCGUGCCACAAUGGAGAAGGCUACUGCUUCGGGGGAGAAUGUCCCACCCUGCAGGAUCAAUGCACCGCACUCUGGGGGGAAGGCUCAGAGGUAGGUGAUGAUGACUGCUAUGCCAGGAAUCAGGAUGGAAAAGAAGGUGGAUACUGCAAAAUGGUGAAAAACACAUUUGUUCCAUGCGCUAAAAAGGACAUAAAGUGUGGGAAGAUAUUCUGCAAGGGUGGGUCAGGCGUUACCCCCCUCCACGUUGAAGUGGAGGAUUAUCUAACAUGCAAAACUUUCAGUCCAACUCUGAAAGCUCAAGUUGCACAACUCCCAACUACAGGAACAAAAUGUGACGAUGACAGGGUUUGCAUGAACGGUGAAUGCUUGGAGCUUGAGAGAGUCUAUCAUUCUGUUGGAGACAGCGAUUGGCGACCCCUCUCUUGAUGGUAAACUUCACACCUUCAAC